CAACUUGCGUUAACUCGCUUAGAACAUCGCAACGCACUGAAAGCCUCCCUACACAACAACCGCGCACACGGAAGUCGACAAGAUGGCGAGCUCUGGUAGGCGAGCUUUUGCUCAAAAACUCAACAAAAAUCUUCAAGCUGCUGAUAUUCGCCGUCAAAUUUCUGGGCAAACCACUCCAAACAGUAUCUCCAGAGCUUCAAGCAUCUCCAAUGUCUCAGUUAUUCAUCCACAGAUGGCCUCAUUAUCGGAGAUUGUUGAUCCUCCCGAUUAUGAGGUCUAUCUAGAAAAACACCACUACCGAAUACAGAGUGAUGACUGCCCUCAGCUGUUAAAGUACCCGGAUGAUGACAUAGAAGUUAGCAUCAUACCAAGAAAAUGUAGAACAGUCAAGCCUGCACUGCCUGAUGAGGAGCAACUGGUGACCGAUCUACAAGUAAGGGAUUGCCUGAAACUCUACACUUCUGAAUGGGCAGUAGUUAAUCGAAAAUACAAGAGUAAAGUUGCAGGUCAUGAAAAAACAAAACUAAAGAGGAUACAGUCUGAUUUGAUAGCAAACAACGACAAAGUCUUUGAAGUCGACGAACUCGAACUUAUUGAUGAAGAUGAACUGCAAGAAGAGGAAAUUAAACGAGGAUCAAUACACAUGGAAAGAACUCCACGUGGAAGUUGGGCGUCAAAUAUAUUCAACCUCGAAUCCACAGAAGCCGAUGACUUGCUUCCAAAUCUCUUAGACCAUGCGCCAAUCGACCAACAGGAUAGGAUCAACAUGGAGGCUAGGAAUACAGCUAGAAACUCGGAUAUAUUCACCCUGUACCCGGCAAUGGAUGAUGAGGAUGCCAUUGAAAGAAGGUCCUUAGUUGAUAUUCCGGCAGAACAUUUUGGAUCAAGAUUGCUAGUGAAAUGCUUACAACUGAAACUUGAACUAGAGAUAGAACCUAUCUUCGCAACCAUGGCACUUUAUGAUUCAAAGGAGAAAAAGAAGAUAUCUGAGAACUUCUAUUUUGACAUGAAUACGGAUGCAAUUAAAGGGAUGAUUGUUAAUAAGAGUUCAUACCCUGAUGUAUCCACUAUGGCACGGGCUGCCGUCUUCUCACUUACGUACCCCUCAAGUGAUGUUUACAUUGUUGUGAAGUUGGACAAAGUCCUACAGCAAGGAGACAUACAAGAAUGUGCUGAGCCAUAUAUGAAAGAAUCCGAAAACCCAAAGGUUCAAGAGAAGGUCAAAGCCAACGCCAAAUACUUUUGCGAGAAACUGGGUGCUUACCGUAUGCCGUUUGCAUGGACAGCCAUCGAUCUCAUGAAUGUGAUAAACGGCUCACAGGGUCUCGCAAAACCAGAAAACACUGAAACAGCAAAGACAUCAGCCUCAAGCUUACUGAAACGACAGAGUUUUAAUCUUGGACUGUUGGAUCCUUUGUCAACAACUACCAUCAAUAAAAGACAAAGUUUGAACCUCAGCAGUCUAGAGGGUUUCAGCCGAACUAAUAGUCUAGAGGAUCAGGCAAGAAAGAAGUCUAGCUCUACACUACCCAAUUACAAUUCAUUGCCCCGUAAAGGUUCGGACGCCCCAUCCAGCUUGAAGCGUAGUAGCUCCGAUCGGAGAAGUUUCUAUCGUGGUGAUGAUGAAAUGACCAAUCUAAACUCAUUUAAACCUGUGACGUUGACAGUUUCAAGCUUUUUCAAGCAGGAAGGGGAUAAAUUGAGUGAUGAUGACCUUUACAAAUUUCUAGCUGACCUGAAAAGACCAACUUCAAUAUUGAAGAGACUCAAAUGCAUUCCAGGUAGUUUGAAGCUGGAUAUUUCAAAACUCCAAGAGAUGUCAUCAUACUGCUUGACCCCUGACCUUUACCAAGUGAAACCAUAUCCAGAUCUACGAACACGUCCUACAAGGGAAAUACAAGAGUUUCCAUCUAGGGAUGUUUAUGUACCAAACAAUGUUUACAGGAACAUCAUAUAUGUGUACCCAUUGAGUUUGAACUUCUCUGGUCGUACUGGCUCAGCAAGGAACAUAGCCAUCAAGGUGCAGCUACUCAAGGGUUCUGGUGAAGAUGACUGCAUUCCUUUUCAGUGUAUCUUUGGUAAAUCAAGCGGCCCUGAGUUGGUCCAUGAAAUGUACACAUCUGUAACGUACCACAACAAGACACCCGACUUUUACGAAGAGAUCAAAAUACGCCUACCACCGAGCCUAGAAGACUCAAACCACCUAUUAUUUACAAUGUACCAUAUCAGCUGUCAGAAGAAACAGGAUAACACACAAGUAGAAACACCAAUAGGAUACACUUGGCUACCAAUCUACCGUAAUCAUAGAUUGCAGACUGGUGAUUUCCACUUACCUGUGUCCGUUGAGAAACUACCAAAGGCCUACUCCAUGCUGUCUGCAGAUACUCAGUUACCUUACAUGAAGUGGAUUGAUGGACAGAAAGCAAUUUUUAAUGUGUCAGUGAAGGCAGUCUCUGCAAUCCACACACAGGAUGAAAAGUUGGAUCAGUUCCUCUGGCUGUGUCACUCCAUUGAGGCAGGCAUCAUUCCCAAAUCAAUCCCAAAUGAACGUAUGGAGUUUGAACUUAACAAGAGCGUGCUUUCCAUCUCUGAGGCUCUUGCGGAGCCCUUGGUCCAAUUCCUGCAUCUGCUUCUGGAUAAACUCUUUCUUAUGAUGGUCAAAUCACCAGUUCUUUCCGGUCAAUUGGUGAACAUGAGUUCCAACUGUUUUGAGUCUUUAGCUUAUAUUGUGGAUAGAAUACAUAACCUACUGGAUAAAAGUCAGGAUAACCAUGGCCGUAACAGUCUACUAGCUGCCUACAUCCAGUAUGUCUUCAAGCCCCCUGAAGAUGUACCAAGACCAGCAGGGAUGUCUCCAUCAGGCAGUUACAGCAGCUUGAAGAAGUCUCACAGUAUGACCUUAAAGUCAUCGACUGGGAACCGCAACACCUACGGAGGCAUAAGCAGUGUGCCACAGUCACCCGAUGACGAGGUCAGCGGUAUUAUGCACACUAAAAUCUCCCCUGAUCGUUAUGGUUCAGCAAAAGCUGUACAGCAGAAUGCUGAAACAGGAAUGGGUAAUGUUCCCGUACGGGGAUUAGGAGGGCGCUCUCCUCCACGAAAGUUGGUCCAUGAACAGUUGGCUCUCCAGCUAGGCAUCUGCAAUGGCAGAUCCAAGGACUUCGCUCUCAAGCAUACUUGGUUUUUCUUGGAUCUUAUGGUUAAAAGCAUGGCUCAAUUUUAUUACUCAGAGGAGUAUCAACUGAAGGAUGUCCCACGAAAGGAACGUUUUUCUGACAGUUUUGAUUCUGAUAUUGAAGCCAUUGUUGUAAUGGUCGCUACAGAGGUCCUUGCAAGACAUACAAAGGAAACAAGGGCCAUGGGUCUGUUGAAUGUUCAUCUGGCAUUUUUCCUGCAAGAUCUCUUUACACUGAUGGACAGAGGAUUUGUCUUCAAGCAGAUUCAGUGUUAUUGUAAAAUGCUUGCUGAGAGAUUGGUUACAUUGACAGAUCCAACUCCCCUAGCGCAGAUUAAGCUUGAAUUCUUGCGUAUAGUAUGCAGCCAUGAACACUACGUCACCCUCAACCUCCCGCUCUGCCCCUCCCUCAUCACAGCCCCACCCUCUCCAACACUCUCCAUCGCAAGUACCUUAUCUUUCUGCUCGGUGUCUUCUUUCUUUCCUUUUGGAGACAUGCAUAGUAACACGAAAGCCGAACUUUCUUACGAGUUCCGACAACGUCAUUUCCUGACAGGGCUUGUUUUGUCAGACCUGUCGGCGAUGCUGUUAACCAACAAUAAUAAUAAUCAUCGUCAAGCAAUAGACAUCGUUGCCAACCUUCUUGCCUCACAUGAUUGUGAUCCUCGUUACAAAGAUGUCACGACACGUAUGCGUGUUGCCUCACUCUACCUCCCACUACUGGACAUUAUCAUGGAUGCCAUCCCACAAUUCAACUGUACCAAUGCUAAUCCAAAACAACGACCGUCUUUCAUGUUUGGAAUGGCCGAGGAGGAUGAUGACAGUGUUGGGUUGGGCAUCAAUAAAUCUGUUGCGUUGGCAAUAGCAGGCACUAGUGUGGCAACAAUGGCAGAGGAUACGUCAAUAGGCUCAGUACAGAGACAAUCAUCGAGUACGCGUAUGACAGAAGAGUCCACAAAAGAUCUGCUGUUGUGUGCCAUGUGGGUAAUGAAGAACGUGGAAGCCGCCUCACUUCAGAAGUGGUGGUCAGCACUGGGCGUGCAGCGUUUCAUUCAAGUCCUUGAUGUUCUUUUCUACUGUGCUUGUUGCUUUGAGUAUAAGGGUAAGACAUCAAUUAUCAAGAAACUGUCGCGAACAUCCAUGAAGAAGACCAACGAUAUCAAACAGAGAUUAGAAGAUGCAAUCCUGGGGUCUGCAAGUGCUAGAAGCGAGUUUAUCAUGCGGCGAAGUGGCAUGUACUCCAGCCUAGACCGAACUGCCUCUGGUCCAGCCCUCGGCCAGUCAGAGCGAGUCAGAUGGAGGAAAGAUUUAACACAUUUCAGGCAAACAAAUGAAAUACUUGAAAGUAAAUCAAAGACUGAGCUUGAAGAUGAUGCUGUGUUGGAAGGUUGCUUGGCAACGGAGGUCAGUCUGACGAUAUUGGACACUCUGGAGCUCAUCAUUCAGUCCAUCCAAACCAAAGAGAACCUGUCAGGUGUUUUGAGUAGUGUAAUGCAAGUCCUUCUUCACAUGCUACAGUGCAAUCAAAGUGUCGUUGUGCUUAAGAAUGCCUUAGCAACACAGAGGUCAUUAGUAUUCAAAUACCCUGGAUUGCUUUUUGAAGAUGAGACAGAACAGUGUGCUGACCUUUGCCUUCGAAUCCUGAAGCAUUGCAGCUCUUGCAUCGAUACUGUCCGUUCUCAUGCCAGUGCCUCACUCUACCUGCUGAUGCGACAGAAUUUUGAAAUCGGCAAUAACUUUGCAAGAGUGAAAAUGCAAGUAACGAUGUCAUUAUCCCACCUGGUUGGCACAGUAACCAAUUUCCAUGAGGGUUACCUGAGAAAAUCAUUGAAGACAAUACUAAUGUACGCUGAUGAAGAUAUUGAACUGAAGGCGACCACUUUUCCUGAACAGGUGCAUAAUCUUGUCUUCAAUCUUCACAUGAUUCUGUCAGACACUGUGAAGAUGAAAGAGUUCAAAGAAGAUCCUGAGAUGCUUAUGGACCUUAUGUACAGAAUAGCCAAAGGAUACCAAGAUUCCCCUGACCUACGUUUGACAUGGCUUCAGAACAUGGCAGGUCAGCACAUGAGGCAGGGCAACCAUGUCGAGUCAGCCAUGUGCUUGAUUCAUUGUGCCGGGCUGGUCACUGAGUACCUACACAUGCAGGAGGACAGGCCAUACUUGCCUGUGGGCUGUGUAGCAUUUGAGAAAAUCUCUUCAAAUGUUCUUGAAGAGAGUGCAGUGUCUGAUGAUGUUGUAUCACCUGAUGAAGAGGGAAUUUGCUCUGGAAAAUACUUCACUGAAAGUGGGUUGGUAGGUCUUCUAGAGCAGGCUGCUACUUUCUUCACCGAGGGUGGAUUCUACGAAGUAGUUAAUGAGGUGUAUAAAGUCUUGAUACCUAUCCAUGAAAACAACAGAAAUUACAACCGACUCUCAACCAUCCACAGCAAGCUAUGCGAUGCCUUUCACAAGAUUGUUGAACUGGAUAAAAAGAGAAUGUUUGGCACUUACUUUCGUGUUGGCUACUACGGACCUAAGUUUGGGGAUCUUGAUGGCGAAGAAUUUAUCUACAAAGAACCCAAAAUUACGAAGUUGCCUGAAAUUGCCCACAGACUUCAGAAUUUCUACGGUGAGCGGUUUGGAGAGGAAAAUUUGGUAAUGAUGAAGGAUUCACGUAAGGUAGACGUUAGGACUCUCGAUCCUCUUAAAGCUUACAUUCAGGUGACAUACGUUGAGCCGUACUUUCAGGCAUUCGAAAACGACUUCCGACGUACCCACUUUGACAAAAGCUACAACUUGCGACGUUUCGUAUUUGCAACACCAUUUACUGAAGACGGUCGUGCUCAUGGUGAGUUGCAUGAACAGUAUAAGCGCAAAACGAUCCUAACAACAUCUCAUGCUUUUCCCUACGUCAAGACACGCUGCACUAUCAUACACAAAGAAGAGAUUGUUCUGAAACCUAUUGAAGUUGCUAUUGAAGAUAUGCAGAAGAAGAUGACGGAAUUAGCGCAGGCAACCAUUCAAGAUCCUCCUGAUCCUAAAUUCCUUCAGAUGGUCUUGCAAGGCUGUAUUGGUACAACUGUUAAUCAGGGUCCAUUUGAAGUUGCACAGGUGUUUCUAGGUGAUAAGGCAGCUGCUGAAAUCCCACUGGACAAAGAGCACAAUAAAUUGCGCAUUUGUUUCAAAGAAUUCUCAAAAAGGUGUAGUGAUGCAUUACGCAAAAACAAGACCCUUAUAGCGUCCGAUCAAAAGGAGUACCAGAAAGAACUUGAACGCAACUACCAUCGCUUUACCGACCGCCUAACGCCAUUGAUAGCUAACCGCGAUCCUGUGAACACGUCCUACUAUUGUAAUACGAUUGACUACCAAAGUAUACACGUAUAAGAUGUUUAUAUUUGAUUGCAGAAGAGAUACUCUUCUCUAAAAUAGCAUGAUGUGCCUGGAGAAAAGAAACAAAAAACCUGCCUUAUCUGUAUGCUGCAUUAUAUGUUUGAGAUGUUUGUGGUGAUUUAUAGUGUUUGUGAGAGAUUAAAAUGCGUGUGUUGGUAAGAGAA